AUGGCGUUUGUAGUUGUAACUUCUCUACUUGGAAUAGUAGAUCAUCAACUUCUGCGACCCCCUUUGCCAUUGAAUUACAUUCUUGAUGACACAAAAGUUCAUACGAUAGCGGCAUCCUUGUCUAACAAGCUCCGCUUUCUCCAAGCCAUUCUGUUGGAGAAAAAAACUGUCAAUCAACAACUCGCUGCAACAAUCAGAGACGUAGUUGUUGGAGCAGAAGCUGAAAUUGAAUCACAGCUCAGAGCGGUUUAUCUGGCUGCUCAUAACAAUGGAGAUUCUAUAAUAGCUGAGGCUCGCAGUGGGCUUCACCGAACUUUGGAGCAAGUGUUAAUACAUAUCAAGACACUUGAAGACAGGAUCCAGAAUCAGAAGGAAGGCAACGCUAAAGACGAAGUGAUAGGAUGCGAGGAUGAAUUUAGGAAAAUAAAGAACAUGGUCGUUGAUCACCUGUCUUAUAAAGAUUGGAAAGUCAUCCCGAUUACAGGUAUGGGAGGUAUCGGAAAGACAACCCUAGCCAAAAGAGUCUACGAAGAUCCAAGCAUUGCGUCCCAGUUUAAGAUUCGAGCAUGGGCAGUUGUGUCUCAAGAAUACCAGUUUAAAGAGAUGCUUAUUCGCCUUUUACACUGCACCGAUCCAACCGCCUCUAAAAUUUACAGUGAGGAUUGUGGCAAACUAAAAGAGGAACUCCGCAAACGUUUGUUGGGUAAUAGGUAUUUGCUUGUCAUAGAUGACAUAUGGAGCAGCGAUGCUUGGGAUGAAAUCAUUCGGUGCUUUCCGAAUAACAUCAAUGGAAGUCGAAUCCUGAUCACUACCCGAGACGAAAAGGUGGCCGAAUAUGCAUCAAGAUCAAGUAAGUAUAAGUAUAUUCAUUCCUCUCGCAUACUAAGUCCAGAGGAAAGUUGGGAUCUUUUUGAGACAAAAGUGUUUGUGGGAAAUAAUUUGCGCAAGCCUGAGUUCGAUCCAAUUGGAAGAUGUAUUGUUAAGAAAUGUCAAGGAUUGCCACUUGCCAUUAUAGUGAUAGCAGGAGUUUUAACUGCACUGGAAGACAAGUCACCCCAAGCUUGGCAAGAUGUUUUUGAAAAUAUGAACUCAUCAUUUGAUCCUGAUAAAAAACUUUUAGGGAUGCUUUCUUUGAGCUACAACUAUUUGCCUAGUCAAUUGAAAGCUUGUUUAAUUUAUUUGGGAGUUUUUCCGGAAGACACUGAAAUUCCUGUGAACAAAUUGAUCAACUUAUGGGUUGCCGAGGGCUUUUUGAAGGAAGAGGAGGAUAAGAGUUUGGAGGAAGUGGCGAAGAGUUACUUGCACGAUCUUAUUAAUCGAAAUCUAGUGCAAGUUAGCAGGCGAAGCUUAGAUGGCAAACUCAAGUCGUUUAAGCUUCAUGAUAUGUUGUAUGACUUGUGCAGGAGAGAAGCUCAAAACGAAAAUUUUCUGAGUGUUGAAAAGCAAUUACAGUCGACAGACACCAUGCCUUCGCCUUCUACAGAUUGUCGUUGGAUCAGCUGCACAUCUACUCAUUGGCCUACUUCUGAUAAGGUUCAUUCCAUUCUCUACUUUGGUAAAGAUAUACACCUUGCAAAGUCCAUGUUGGUAUUCUCAGGCUUGAAGAUGUUGAGAGUAUUGGACUUAUCACUAAUAAAAUGUUGGUAUGGUUUGCCUAGUGAACUAGAGGAUUUGUUUCACUUGCGAUACUUGGCUUUAUCUGCUUUAGGCUCUCUUGGGAAGUUUCAGCUGAUUAAGCUUGUAAAUCUGCAAACUCUCUUUGUUCGUUCGUGGAGGAAAGGAUGUCGUUUGCAAUUGCCUCGAGAUAUUUUGGAAUUGCCAUGGUUAAGGCACGUGCACAUAGUUGACAAGAGAUCUUCACUAUAUCUGCCAAAACUGGUUCGAGAAAAUCUGCAGACUCUGCUUUGGUUGAAAGUUAUUGGCAAAGACCCAAGCACCACGGACUUUACAAAAGUUCCAAAGUUGAAGGAACUAUGGGUUUACAUUGACAAUGAACUGCCUCAUAAUGCUUUUGACAGUCUUGUUCAUUUGCAUUUACUGGAGAAAUUAAAAGUUGAAAUGGGAAGUGUUAAGCGCUUUUAUUUUCCAACUGCUCUUCCAAAAAACCUCAAAAAGUUGACUCUUCGUAGUACUUAUCUUCCGUGGAAGGACAUGGACAUUAUUGGAAGGUUGAAAAACCUCGAGGUUCUCAAGCUGAAAAAUUUCGCAUUCUACGGUCCAGAAUGGGAACUAGCAGAUGAUUUGUUUCCUGAAUUAAAGAUCUUUGUCAUUGCACAUUCAAAUCUUAAAUGCUGGAAUGCAGAUGCUGAGAAUUUCCCCAAGCUGGAGUGCCUAAUCCUAAAAUUUUGCUGGGACUUGAAAGAACUUCCAAUUGACGGUUUUGGAAAUACACUGCGACUAAUAGAGAUAGACAGUUGUUAUCCUUCCCUCGUGAAAUCUGCAAAGAAAAUUCAUGAAGAGCAACGAGAACUUGGCAAUGAUGCACUUGUUAUUCAUGAUCUUGAAGCUAAGAUUGGGUUGCCAUACGACGAAAACUCUGAAGAAGAGAAUGAAAGCUGUGAAUAAGGGAAUGAGGAGAAAUGCUUGCAGCCAAGGUAGAAGAAGAAUUCAAGUUUGUUGAGGUCUUGCAAUGGCAUACGAUUCCUCGAGAAGCUGCAAGUCCAUUAGGAUCGCGCAAGUUUCUUUCUAAUCUUGUCUUGAUUGUUGAAGUCCUGUGUGUUUUUCUCUGUUGUUCUUGAAUUUUGAGUCUCUCUUGUUACAGAUGUUCAUUGUGAUUGACUGAUUGUUAUCUAUGUUGCUAGGGAUAUCGAAAUUACACUGUGAUGUUCAUGUCAUAAAUUCUAUAUCUCCAAAAUUAGUUGGUGUGUAUUAGAACCAAGAUUGAAGAUCACUAUUUCAUAAAUCUUUGAUUUUGCAGAGGAUGAACCAUAGAAGUCAUGGAGAUUUAUUUAUUUGUUUUGGGAAA